CAACACGCACCUUCAUGUCAACUUCAACUAACAUCAACCUCCCCGCUGAGAACAGCACUCCCCCCCUCUCCCCUCCGCCCUCUGAUGACCACCGGGCUGGUAACGACAAUACCUUUCCCAUUGAGGCUGAAGCACCAGAAACUCUAUCGGAUGUUGGAGCAACUACAAAAGCGACUGGAAAAGCACCCAGCCGCUUCGACUUCCACACGGAAUCAGUUCUGGAGUUGGUUCUCCUGCGUGCUCUCGUAGUCAAAACUUGGGGCAAAGUAGUAGACUAUCUUCACGAGUCAGACAGGGUUGUGCGACCGACAAAGCCCUUCUUCACAAACGCCUAUCUGGAAGCCGCCACUGGAAUCGCACCUGAGGAGACAGAGCGACGGCAAUUGAUGGAAGAACUCUACCGUCUCAAGCUAGCAAACAAUGAAGCUACAGUCGAAGCCAGACAGGAUCGGACGCGGCAACAAGAAAAUGCUGUUGAAGAGAGAAGGCUUGGCCAGCUGCUCCUGGAUGCGGCCGAGUCUGCGGAGCUGAGACUUCGGAUUGUUUCCGAUAGCGAUAGUGCCGCUCCCCCCACUAGGUACAGCAAGAAGCGGAUCACCAUACAACAAAUCGAAAAACAACAACAGGAGGCUAUUGCACAAGUGAAAGAACAGCGCGAGCUCAUGGCACAACAGGUGGCAUUGCAAAAGGAAGACAUGGAACAUCGAAAAAUGCACGCUCAGCGACAGGAGGAAAAAGAAGCAGCCAGAGAUGUACGACAAGAGCAGAGAGAACUCGACAAAGAGGAACGGUAUGCCACAAGGAAAGAGGAAAAAGGGACGAGAAGGUUGGAAUGGGAGCGCGAGAAGCAAAGACAAGAAGAUAUUAGGGACAGGGAGCGACUAUCCCGACAGGACGAUCUCGACGAACGACGGCACAAGGAAGCUUUGGAGGUCUUCAAGCAGCAAUCAACUUCUUGCCCAAGUGAUUAUGAACAUGCAGCAAAGGCGUGA